AUGCAGAUGCUUACAAAGUUCGAAUCCAAGAGCAAUCGCGUCAAGGGCAUUGCCUUCCAUCCAAAGCGCCCCUGGAUCCUCGCUGCCCUUCAUAAUGGCUCCAUUCAACUCUGGGACUACAGGAUGGGAACUCUUCUCGAACGCUUUGACGAACACGAUGGUCCUGUCCGUGGUGUUGCUUUUCACCCCUCGCAGCCCUUGUUCGUGUCUGCAGGAGAUGACUACAAGAUCAAGGUCUGGAACUACAAGACGCGUCGUUGCCAGUUCACGCUCACAGGACACUUGGACUAUGUCCGCACCGUCUACUUUCACCACGAAUGCCCAUGGAUCAUUAGUUGUUCCGACGAUCAGACUAUUCGUAUCUGGAACUGGCAGUCGCGGAGUUGUAUCGCCAUCUUGACAGGGCACAACCAUUACGUCUACAGUGCCCAGUUCCACCCCAAGGAAGAUCUUGUCGUCUCUGCCUCUCUCGACCAGACCGUGCGUGUGUGGGACAUUUCAGGGUUGCGAAAGAAGAACGCCGCUCCUGGAACAGUUGCCUACGAUGAGAGUGCCCAUCGUGCCUCGCAACAGGCUGACAUCUUUGGAAGCACCGAUGCUAUUGUUAAAUUCGUCUUGGAAGGCCACGACCGUAGUGUCAACUGGGCUAGUUUUCAUCCUACUCUUCCCUUGAUUGUCUCUGCCGGUGACGAUCGUCAAGUCAAGCUGUGGAGGAUGAACGGUACGACUAAGCAGUUCAGAAGCAGAGCACUUGAAAAUGAACUCAUGAACACUGAACUUAUUUUAUCAGUGGGGGAGGAUAAGACUAUUCGCGUUUGGGAUAUGUCCAAGCGUACCGCCGUUCAGACCUUCCGUCGUGAGCAUGAUCGUUUCUGGGCCUUGACUGCCCAUCCUGAGCUGAACCUGUUCGCUGCUGGUCACGACAAUGGUUUGAUUGUGUUCAAGUUGGAGCGUGAGAGACCCGCUUACUCGGUUCACCAAAACAACCUGUUCUACAUCAAGGACAAGUACUUGCGUGUCCACGACUAUGCCAACUCGCAGGACACUGCUGUCCUUGCUGUGCGCCGCACCGGAUCGCAGUUCAUUCAACCCCGCGCCCUCUCUUACAACCCCGCCGAGCGUGCAGUGUUGGUCACUUCGACUGUGGACGGAGGCACCUACGAGCUCUACAACCUCCCCAAGGACUAUGCAGGAGAGGCGCGCGAGCCCUCCAACGACGGCAAGCGUGGAUCAGGAAACUCGGCCAUCUUUAUUGCCCGCAAUCGUUUUGCGGUUCUCGAGAAGGCGACUCAGACGAUCACGAUCCGCGAUUUGCAGAACAACAGCACAAAGUCAUUCACUCCUCCCAACGCUGUCAACGAGAUCUUUUAUGCUGGCACAGGACAGCUCUUGCUCAGCACGCCUACAUCGGUCAUCUUGUUUGACAUUCAGCAGCGCAGGACGAUUGCCGAAGUGACGACUCCUCCUGUCAAGUAUGUUGUCUGGUCGGCCGACAUGUCUCAUGUUGCCUUGUUGAGCAAGCACACGAUUACAAUUGCGACAAAGUCGUUGGAACAGACCUGCCUGAUUCAUGAGACGAUCCGCAUCAAGAGUGCGGCAUGGGACGAGAGUGGAAUCUUGAUCUACUCGACCCUCAACCACAUCAAAUACGCUCUUCCUCAGGGUGACAAUGGAAUCAUCCGCACGCUUGAUCAACCCAUCUACUUGACGCGCAUCAAGGGCAAGAACGUGUACUGCUUGGACCGUGAUGGCAAGACCCGCACCAUUGCCAUUGACCCCACCGAGUACCGCUUCAAGCAGGCAUUGACCAAGCGUAACUACGACGAGGUCCUCCAGAUUAUCCGCAACUCGAACCUUGUCGGACAAUCGAUCAUUGCGUACUUGCAGAAGAAGGGCUACCCCGAGAUUGCCUUGCACUUUGUGCGCGAGGACAAGACCCGGUUCGAGCUGGCUUUGGAGUGCGGCAACUUGGAAGUUGGUCUGGAGACAGCCAAGGUCAUGGACAAGGAGGAGUACUGGGCCAAGCUGGCGCAGGAGGCUCUUCGUCAAGGCAACCAUCAGAUUGUGGAGAUGUGCUACCAGCGCAUCAAGAACUUUGACCGCCUUUCGUUCUUGUACCUGGCCACGGGCAACACCGAGAAGCUGACCAAGAUGCUCAAGAUUGCUGAGCUCCGUGGCGAUGCCAUGUCGCGUUUCCAUAACUCGAUCUUCCUCGGCAACGUCGAGGAGCGUGUCCGUCUCCUUCGCGAGGUUGGCCAGACUCCAUUGGCGUACAUGACCGCCAAGACACACGGAAUGCACGAGGUUGCGGACGAAAUCCUGGAGAGUGCAGGAUUGACCCCCGAGGAUGUCGCUGACCUUCCCACACACGGCACACUGUUGGUUCCUCCCCGCCCCUUGAUGCGUGUGCACGACUCGAACUGGCCUCAGUUGGCAGUCUCUCGCAGCUACUUUGAAGGUGCUUUCACCGGAGACAUGGAGGGAGUUGCACCCCAGGCUCCUCUGGUGGCCAACGAGGCCGAGCCUCAGGCGGAUCAGUGGGGUAUGGACGAUGAGUUCAGCAUCCCAGCUCUUGAUCAUAAGGGAGCAUCGCUGGCAGUCAACAACGACGCCUUGGAUGUUGAUGGUGAUGGUGGCUGGGACUUGGAUGCGGAUUUGACUGCAGAGUUGCACGCUGAGACUGGCGCGAUUGUUGCAGAGGAUGGCGGAUUGGCGACCCCUGUUGCUGGACAGAGCGAGGCCGAAGUUUGGUGCCAGAACUCUCCUCUCGCAGCCGACCACGUUGCUGCUGGAGCAUUUGAGUCAGCCAUGCAGCUCCUCAACCGCCAAGUCGGCGCUGUUAACUUUGAGCCACUGAAGGACCAGUUCUUGUCAAUCUUCCAGGCCAGCAGGGCGAUUCUGACAGGCAACGAGGGCAUGCCAUCGAUUACACUUCCUGUUCGCCGCAACCCCGGCGAAGUUGACCAAAGGAAGGCUCUCCCUGUCCUGAUCAAGAACUUCCAGGCUCUGAUCGCGAACGAGUUGCAGGAGGCAUACAAGGCUACCACAUCCAACAAGCUUACCGAAGCUUGCACACUGUUCCGCAGUAUCUUGCACUCGCUUCUUCUCACCAUUGUCACGCAGUCGUCCGAGGCCGAGGAGGCGCUCCAGUUGGUUGGUGUUUGCCGCGAGUACCUUCUUGGAUUGAGCAUCGAAUUGAGCCGCCGUGAGGGACAGAACGACACAUCGCCUGCUGGGGUCAAGAGAAUGUUGGAGUUGGCAGCAUACUUUACGGGAGCACAGUUGCAGCCCAAGCAUAUGAUCAUCAGUUUGCGCACGGCGAUGACGGCAUGUUACAAGCACAGGAACUUGCAGUCGGCACAGACAUUUGCACGCCGUCUGUUGGAGUUGGCACCCCCAGGGCAGGCAGCCACACUUGCUCGUCAGAUCCAGCAGGUUGCCGAGCGCAACCCCCGCGACGAGAUCCAGCUCGACUACGACCAGUACAAUGCAUUUGUGGUGUGCGGUAUCUCGUACACACCCAUCUACAGAGGCUCACCCAGCGUGCAAUGCCCAUACUGCCGAGCACAUUUCAAACCCGAGUUUCAGGGCAACCUAUGCACGAUUUGCGACAUUUCACAGAUUGGUGGAUCGGGCACAGGAAUGGUGUCAAUGGCAUAG